AUGCAACAAAACAAUGGCACCAAAGUCACUGAAUUCAUUCUCCUGGGAUUUGCUGGUCAACACAAGUCUUGGCAUGUCCUCUUUGUAGUAUUUCUAGUGAUCUAUGUGGUCAUCCUAGUGGGUAGCAUUGGCAUGAUCCUACUCAUCAAGAUUGAGUCUUCCCUUCACACCCCCAUGUAUUUUUUCCUCCAACAUUUGGCUUUUGUAGAUCUCUGUUAUGCAUCUGCUAUCACUCCCAAAAUGUUGCAGAAUUUUGUGAGCACAAAACAAUCCAUCUCAUUCAUCGGAUGUAUGGUGCAAUUACUAGUCUAUGGUAUUUUUAUAACAAGUGACAGCUACAUCCUUGCUUCUAUGGCAGUGGACCGUUACGUGGCCAUCUGUAACCCCCUCCACUAUGCAACAGUCAUGUCCCAGAGAGUCUGCAUUCAACUCAUAGUUGGCUCCUACUUCAUGGGUUUCCUAAAUGCUUGUGUAAAUGUAAGUUUCACUUCAUCACUGAACUUUUGCAAGUCCAAUAAAAUUAACCACUUCUUCUGUGAUAUACCCCCAAUUCUUGCCCUCUCCUGCUCCAGAAGUGAACCUUGUAAACACUUUCUGGAAUCCCAACUCAUGUUUACCCAAAGAGUGGAAGUGAAAUCCAGCUGUGAUCCACUUAAGUUUCAGGAAGGCUUGGUCAUGCCUACGCAUCGCCUCGCCCCGACCAUUCCGUCCCAUCAGAGUACCGCCAGUGGCCUUGAGAGAGCCAGUGUGUUCCUAUCUGUAUUCCUCUGUCAGGGCCACUGUGACAGUGUAUCACAAACUGGGUGGCUUAAACAACAGAAACUUCUUGCCUCACAAUUCUGUAGGCUGGAAGUCCGAAAUCAAGGGAUUGGCAGGACUGGUUCAUUCCGAGAGUUGCGAGAGAAGGGGCUGUUCCGGGCAGCCCUCCUUGGCUGGCAGAUGGCUGUCUUCAUCUUCACGUAG